AUGCAGAUUCCGCUCCUCCGUUUACAAUGCGGCGUCAAUAGCUAUGACUGGGGCAAGGUCGGCCAGCAGUCCGCCGCCGCCAAAUACGCUGCGGCCACAGCUGCCUCGGAUUUUUCCAUUGAGGCUGAAAAGCCCUACGCAGAGCUGUGGAUGGGAACGCAUCCUUCGCUACCUUCAAAAGACGUCGAAACGCAACGGACCUUGCUAGACCUAGUACAAGACAACCAAGCACUGGUGGGACGCGAGAUUGCAAAGAGAUAUGGCAACAAGCUCCCUUUUCUUUUCAAAGUCUUGUCGAUCCAAAAGGCGCUCAGCAUCCAGGCGCACCCCAACAAGAAGCUUGCUGAGCAAUUGCAUGCGAGAGAUCCAAGGAACUAUCCUGACGACAACCACAAGCCAGAGAUGACAAUUGCCAUCACCCCGUUCGAAGGGCUCUGCGGUUUCCGACCUCUGGCUGAAAUCGUCCACUUCCUCAACAGAGUCAAACCCCUGCGCACGCUGGUCGGCCAACAAGCCGCAGCGCAGUUUGAGGAGAUUGUCAAGGGAUCAGAAGAUGCAGAAGACAUUGCCACCACGGAUCGAAACAAGGACGCGCUGAAAGCCAUCUUCACCUCGCUGAUGGAGUCGUCUCCCGAGCAAAUCGCCGAAGCCGCCAAAGAACUUGUCGCCGAGGCAGAGAACGCACCCAACAGCUUUGCCAUCGACCCGGCAUCAGAAACAAACCCGAACGGCGCGUCGAAUCUGGCCGAGCUGGUAGUGCGCCUGAACGGGGAGUUCCCCAACGACAUUGGGCUUUUUGUCCUCUUCUUCUUGAACUUUGUGCAGCUGUCUCCCGGCGAGGCAAUGUUCCUCAAAGCCGACGACAUCCACGCAUACAUUUCGGGGGAUAUAAUCGAGUGCAUGGCCUCGUCCGACAACGUGGUCCGCGCCGGAUUCACGCCCAAGUUCAAGGACGUCUCAACCCUAAAAUCCAUGCUGACAUACUCAUACGCACCCAUUGAGGAACAAAAAAUGGAGCCUACGGAAUACCCCUAUGCGUUGCUCAACACAACCGCAUACACCAGCGGCUCAUCUACGCUGCUGUACGACCCGCCCAUUGAGGAAUUCGCCGUGGUCAAGACGGACCUGAACCGGACGGGCGCGAAAGCGACAUUUGACCCUAUCCCCGGACCCAGCAUCGUUAUUUGCACACGCGGAACAGGCAAAAUCAGCGUGGGGCCUGCCAAAACAGAGCAAGUCAAAGAGGGCUACGUGUUUUUUGUGGGUGCUGAUGCUGAGUGUAUACUGGAGAGUGAAGAAGAGGACGGAACGUUUACAACGUUCAAGGCCUUUUGCGAGUUGACUGGAAAGGAGGAUAUGCCGAAUGGGCAUUGA